AUGGCGGAACUGGGAGGCGCAGCCGCACGUCUGCGGCGCACAUUCCACUAUCCCACAGACGACGAUUCGGCAGACUCACAGCCAGAAGCCAUGGAUGAAGAGGAGCAAGAAACCCUCAUCCAGCGCCUCGCAGAAGAUAACGCCACCCGAAACGCCCAAUUCAAUACCGCCCUCCUCGCCCUCCCCCUCCUCACGACAAUACCCUACCUCUUCGCCCUCGUCCGUCUCUCGUCCCCGCUCACAUCCCUCCUCUCCCUCACGUCCCUCCUCUCGACGGCCUACCUCAUCCACACCCAACCCCCAGGCGUGACCGGAAUGCCACCACUAGACGCCUGGUCCCGACCGAAGACCCCGCGCCCCAGCCCCGCCUCUUCGCUCGAUUCGUCGACGUCGUCCAUGGCCGGUUCUUCAUCGCAGUACCAACCCAUUCAGACAUCGCAAAGGAGGAGGAGGAGGAGCUCGUUCUCGUUCGCAGAAGAGCAAAAGGGGCCGUUGGAGCUGUACUUGCCCUAUCUCAACCUCGGACUCUGCGCAGUGCUCGUUUUGGCGGGCUUGGCUACGAAGUCCAAUGAGAAUCCUACAUUUGCCCACAUGGGACUGGGUAAUCUGCCCGCUAUUGUGUACAUUGUUGUUUUGAUCGCCAAGGUGGUCAUGGGCAGCGUAGAUCCGGAAAAGGAGUUGGCCGCACUCAAGUAUGGCUUCAAGGGCGCAUGA